GUGUUAGGACAGGAGGAGGAUAUAAGGAGGACUUCGACUAACUGCAGCUUUUGUGACAAUGAGGACAAAACAAAAGAGACACGUGUGCGUUCUUCUGCCCAACAAAGAACACCUGGACUGUUUUGUCAGGAUGGGAGCCAGAGGCCAGGAGGUGAUGAACACUGUGCUGCGUCUGAUUGCUGUCGGUGAUCUCCAAGUGUUUGGUUUGGCGGUUCUCAGAGAUAAUGAAUAUCUGUUUCUGGAUUUGAAGCAAAAGCUGAGCAAAUAUUUUGGUAAAAUAUGGAACAGGGACUCCAUAACGGUUCCAUUCAUCUUAUUUUUGAGAGUGAAGUUUUAUUUGGAAAGUGGGCUCCUGAUAUUGAGCAGUAAGGUGCAGCAACUUUACUACUGGGAGCUGAGACAGAAAGUGCUGCAUUCCCAAAGCUGCGAUCAGGAAGCUCUUUUCUUCCAGCUGGCAGCUUCCGCGCUUCAGGUAGAAGUUGGAGAUGUGGAGCAUCAGGAGGGGAUUAAGAAAGAAGGAGAAGGGGAGGAGAAACAAGAGAGAACCCAAUAUUUUCGUCCAGAGGUUUACUUUCCAGCCUGGCUAGUUAAUCACAGAGGGAGAGACUUCAUUCUCCAACACUGUCCAGUGUUACACAGCGAGCUAAGGGGGGUAUCACGCAGCCAGGCCAUUCUGCAGUUCAUAAAAGGGGCCAGCAGCCUGCAGGAUGGAGGAAUGACUUUCUACAGGAUGAAACAGGAGAAAAACGAAGCGAGAAGUUCAAUCCUUCUUGGUGUGGCGUUGACUGGAGUCCAUAUAUAUCAGGAGGUGAAAGGGAAGCAGUCUGCAUUGUUUGUUUUCACUUGGGCUGAUAUCAACCACUUUACCUUCCAGGGCUGCAGGUUUGAAAUUGCUGCUAUGAGCUCUCUGGGCUUAUCAAAGCUUGUUUAUUACACGCACUCAGCUUUCCACUCUAAACACAUUCUGAGACACCUGAGCGACAGCCAUCGCUUCUACAUGAACAUCAAGGAUGCAGCCAGCUACGUCCAGCAACUGGAAGCAUUUCAGAGUUAGCCGAUUUUGUUAUUUUUUUUUUUAAAACUUCCUUACCUGCGCUCUUAAAAGGGCUUCAAAUUCCCUGAUUUACAGUGUUUGGAUGUUUAUGCCUGUUC